AUGACCAUGAGCUUCGCAAUGGGAAGCUCUUAUCUUUUACACUCUCACUUUCCUUCCUCCACUUCCCCUCCUUCUUCUUCCCAACCUGUUUCUUUUUAUGCGAAGAGCAACGGCAAUAAUAAUGCAAUGACUGAGAGGAAGAGGAUAGUAGUUUCUGCUUGUAUGGGCCAAGAGGAUCCAAAGGACAUUGUUUUCAGCAAGAAGAGAGCUGUCCUUUUCGUGGGUAUUUCAGUUCUUCCUUUUUUGCAACUCAGGGCCAGAGCUCUUGAAGGUCUUGUUACAAAGAAAGACAAGUUCAUUCAUAGUACGGUUGUUAAUGAACCUAAUUCCCUUCAUUUAGCCACUGGUUCACAGAGAAAGCCUAAUGCAUCUUUAAAGGUUCUUGAGGAAGCUAUGCUCAAGGCACCGGAGGAGGACGAAAGAGAAGAGCUAUCAAUUCAAAGGUAUACACCGACAAAUCCUUUUCUGUCUCUCCUGAAUGGACUUGGCAUAUUUGGUACUGGUGUGCUUGGUGCGCUUUAUGCAUUGGCUCGGAAAGAAAAGAAAGCUACUGAUACAACAAUAGAAUCACAGAUGAUAUCUAAACUGAAAGAAAAGGAAGCUGCCAUUGAAUCCUUGGAGAAGAACUUUGAAUCAAAGCUAUUGAAUGAACAGAAAGAACGGAUGGAGCAACUCAAGAAGGCAAAGGAAGAACAGAAGUUUUUGUUGAACCAGCUCAACUCUGCAAACAGUACAAUUGCAGGGUUAGGACAGGAGCUAAAAAAUGAGAAAAGAAUAAUUGAUGAGCUUAAAGUUCAAGUAGAGGGUAUAGAAACCAACCUCUCAAAAGCUCAGGAAGAUAAAAAGGCUCUUGAACAAGAGCUAAAGGAAAAACUCAGCAUGGUUGAAGCCUUGCAAGAUAAGAUCAACUUGCUUAGUUUGGAGAUCAAGGACAAGGAAGACAAUGCUCAAAGCCUAAGCUCUUCGCUUGUUGAGAAGGAUUCGGAGUUAAAGAACUUGAAUUACAUGUGUGAGCAAACUAAGGGUGAACUAGCCCAAGCAUUCUCAGAAAUCAAAGGAUUGAAAGAUGAGCUACUGAAAAAUGAAAAGGAAAUAGAAACAAAGAAUUCUGUGGUGGAUGAAUUAAAUUCAAAGAUCAGUUAUUUAACAGUUGAGAGAGAUGAAUCUACUAGGCAGCUUAAUACUGUUCAGGAUGAGUACAAUGAUCUGAAAUCAUCCUCUGAAAAGAAGGCUGCCGUGGAUGCUAAGCUGUUGACAGAAAGAGAAGAUGAGCUUCGCCUGUCGAAGGAAAAGCUCGAGGUUGCUCUGAAUGAAGCAAGUGGAAACCAAGCAAGAAUUGAGGAUUUGACUCAAGAAAGGGAUGAUUUGAUAAGAAUGCUUGAUGCUGAAGUGAGCACUGUCAGGAAUCUAAAAGAUGAGCUCCAUAUCACCCUGGAAACCCUUGGGAAGUUGAGAAAUGAGGCUUCUGAUCUGUCAGAACAACUCAAGCAGUCUCAAAACCAGUGCACUGAGCUUCAGGCCGAGGUUUCAACAAUUCAGGCUGAGUAUGCUGAAGCUACAGAAACACUGCAGAAGAGUGUUGAGAAGGCAAAACAGAGUGGUGAGGUGUUAGCCAGUGAGCUUGCAGCAGUGAAGGAAAAACUGAAGAAAACUAAAGAGGAGCUGCAAAUUAUGUCUCAAGAUCUGGCAACAGUGACCGAAAAUCGUGAUAGCGUACAAAAGGAGUUGGUAGAUGUUUCCAGGAAAGCAGAAGUCACAGCCAAUGAAUUAAAAGCAGAGAAAAAUGUAGUUUCUUCAUUGAAUAAAGAAUUGCAAAACCUGGAGAGGCAAAUGUUAAAGGACAAGGAGUCGAGAAAAUCUCUUGAAAUAGAUCUAGAAGAGGCUACUAAAUCACUUGAUGAGAUGAACCGAAAUGCGUUGAUACUUUCUGGAGAACUAGAGAUGGCUAAUUCUCGGAUUUCUAGCCUUGAAGAUGAGAAGCAGGUGCUUUACAUAUCCCUUACUGAGCAGAAGAAUGCAGCCAAAGAGGCCCAAGAGAAUUUGGAAGAUGCUCAUAACAUUGUGGUGAGGCUUGGCAAGGAAAGGGAGAGUUUGGACAAAAAGGGAAAGAAACUUGAAGCAGAAUUGGCAUCUGCCAAGGGUGAAAUAUUGCGAUUGAGGAGUAAAAUAAAUUCAUCAAACACUGUUGCUAAUGAACAGAAGUCACAGAAAACUGAAGCUGAAGACUUGCGAUCAAGGAGUAAAAUAAAUUCAUCCAACACCGUUGUAAAUGAACAGAAGUCAGAGGAAACGGAAGCUGAAGAGAAGGUCACUGUUAAUGCAAAGAGAAGUGGUAGAACUAGAAGGAAAAAGGCUAGUUCGCAAUGA